AGGAGUUGGGAGCCUAUAGAUCGCCUGGCCUGAAGAGCGCGUGACCUUAGCUCAGUUCCUGGACUGGUCACGAGUGCCCUGUGCAAGCUUAAGGCGGGAGACCACGUCCUGGAGCAGUCGCGACCUCUCUGGCUUCUGCUUCUGCUGUUGCUGCUGGGGGUGUCUGGGGCGCAGGUAUGGUGUCAGAGGAGGAGAUCCGAGCCAGGCUGGAGCGGGCCGGCCAGUCCCAUCUCCUGCGCUUCUGCGAUGAGCUGGAGCCGGCCGGGAGGGCGUCCCUGCUCACCGAGCUGGCCCUGCUGGACCCCGACGAGCUGAGGGAGCACUGCCAGCGGGCGGCUGCGGCCUGCGCCCAGGAGCAGGGUCCUGUGGACCGCCUGGACUCCAGGAUGCAGCCGGUGCAGCCCGAGUUCCUGGGCAGCGUGGGCAAGAGCGACCCACAGACUCUGCAGCGCUGGGAGGAGGAAGGUUUCCACCAGAUUGCGCAGAACAAGGUGGCUGUCCUGCUACUUGCUGGGGGGCAAGGCACUCGCCUAGGAGUGACGUACCCCAAAGGCAUGUACCGGGUGGGCUUACCUAGUGGGAAGACACUAUAUGAGCUCCAGGCUGAGCGAAUCCGCCGAGUAGAGCAGCUGGCUAGCAGCAGACACAACACACGCUGCACUGUUCCCUGGUACAUCAUGACCAGUGAAUUCACUCUGAAGCCAACGGUUGAGUUUUUUAAGGAAAAUAACUUCUUCCAUCUGGACCCAGCCAAUGUGAUCAUGUUUGAGCAGAGGAUGUUACCAGCUGUGAGCUUUGAUGGCCGGGCCAUCUUGGAGAGGAAGGACAAGGUUGCAAUGGCCCCAGAUGGCAAUGGUGGUCUGUACCGAGCUCUCGUGGACAACAGAAUUUUGGAAGACAUGGAGCACCGUGGAGUAGAGUAUGUCCAUGUGUACUGUGUGGACAAUAUCCUUGUUAAAAUGGCUGACCCUGUCUUCAUUGGCUUCUGUGUGCUGAAGGGUGCGGAUUGUGGGGCCAAGGUAGUGGAGAAGGCCUACCCCACAGAGCCUGUGGGUGUGGUGUGUCAGGUGGAUGGCAUUUACCAGGUGGUAGAGUACAGUGAGGUGGACCUGGAGACAGUCCAGCGUCGGGAUGAGAGUGGAAAUCUGGUCUUCAAUGCGGGCAACAUCUGCAACCACUUCUUCACCCGGAGCUUCCUCCAGACCAUUACCCGAGAAUUUGAGCCUUUGCUGAAGCGACAUGUUGCCAUCAAGAAGGUGCCUUUUGUGGAUGAGGAUGGAAAUCUGGUAAAGCCGCUAAAACCGAAUGGUAUAAAGAUGGAGAAGUUCGUGUUUGAUGUGUUCCAAUUCUCAAAAAACUUCGUUGCAUUUGAAGUCCCGAGGGAAGAGGAAUUCUCUCCCCUAAAAAACUCGGACAUGGCGAACAAAGACAACCCCACCACUGCCCGGCAGGCCCUGCUAGCUCAGCACUACCGUUGGGCUGUGCGGGCUGGUGCCACCUUCGUGGAUGAAAAUGGAGUCAGGAUCCCAGAGCAGCCCAGUACUCUGGGAACUGAAAACCCUCCUGUCCUUUGUGAGAUUUCUCCAUUAGUGUCCUAUUUUGGGGAGGGUCUGGAGGGAUACCUGAAGGAUGAGGAGGUCCGCUCACCUUUCAUACUUGAUGAAAACAAGGCAAAGCUGCUGGAAAAGGCUUGAUUCAUUUCAAGACCAAAUCAGAUGUGUCCUUGGAUCCACCGGCAUGAAAUUGGUUUUUGAUUUGAAUAAGACACGAAUAUUUCUGGAAGCAGUGCUGCUCAGCCUUGGGUACUAGACUUUAG